AUGGAAGAAUCGUCUCACGUCAACGCAUGUGGCGUCGAAGGCUUGUCCUGCACCGAGCACGUGAAGAACGUGGAUCGCAUACCUCGAACUCUACUCUUCUCUUCUCUCCUCCGCAGAAGUAGCGGCAAGCAACAGCAGGUCGAACGGCGCGGACCUUCCGGCCACCGACCGCUUCGCGCUCAUCGAGUGCCGCCUGCACAUCAACGCCGCGCCACAUAG